AUGUCAGGAACAGUCCAAGGAAUGAAAGACGCCGUGACCAAGGGCGAGGGCGGCGGUCUCCAAGGAGUCUCUCAAGCCGCUGGUCAAACCAUAGCUGAGAACACCGACACGCGCGGUGGCCAGGGCAAGAAAUCGGACGAUGCUUCGACGUCGUUGGGCCAGUUUGGGAAAGGUGGCGGUGGCAACACGACAGAAGGCACCAGCAUCAAGGCCAGUGAUCAGGUCACCAACAUGCAGACGGGUAGUGCGGACCACUUGGAGAUGGGAUUCGGCAAGGACGCUUGA